UUUUUUUUUUCUUUUUCUAUUCGUAUUGUCUACAAAAUGAUAGAUACAUAUAGUGGUAUUCAAAUACUCUUUACUAUAAUAACAAAAGUAUUCUUUCGCGAAAUUAAAAUAAGGUAAUACUCGCAAAAUAUGACUGUAAUACGACUGUAUUCAUUAUUUUAUAGUGGCACUCAUAAUAUACCUAAAGAUGAUCCAUGUAUCUUUAUUGUUGCUCCUCAUGCAAACCAAUUUGUUGAUCCUGGUUUGGUCAUCAUCUCCAAUCCACGUCGUUUUUCUCCUCUAAUGGCACAAUCUUCAUUUAAACGAAAAGUUAUUGGAACUGUAGCUCGUUCAUUAAAAGCAAUUCCUGUCAUUCGUCCUCAAGAUUUAGCAACAAGAGGAAACGGUCAUCUUGUAGUUAAUGAAGAUAGUUUUAUUUUGAACGGUAAAGAUACAAGCUUCAAAACUCAAGUAGCUCCUCGAGAUAUCAUUGUUAUUUCAAAAGCGUUAAAGUAUGAAGUAGCAGAAGUAAGGUCUGAUACAGAAUUAAAGUUGAAAACGGAGUUGACAUCUGAAGCCAAGGAGCAUAUUCUUUUACAUUCUGGUGCAUUCAAAAUCAUUCCACAUAUUGAUCAAAGCGUAUUGUAUGAAAAAGUACACGAAAGAUUGAAUAAAAAUGAAUCACUCGUUAUUUUUCCUGAGGGCGGCAGUCAUGAUAGAUCAGAGAUGCUUCCUUUAAAAGCGGGCUUUGCUAUUAUGGCUUUAAGUGCAAUGGCGGAAAAUAAAGAUCUUAACAUUAAGAUUGUUCCAGUUGGGUUAAAUUACUUUCAUCCUCAUCGAUUUAGAUCUCGGGCAGUUGUUUCUUAUGGAACACCUAUAUCAGUUGAACCUGAAUUAGUAGAAAAAUACAAGAAAGGCGGAUCUGAUAAGCACGAAGCCAUUUCAAAGUUAUUACAAGAGGGACAUGAGGGUCUUAAGAGUGUCACAGUAAAUGCUCCAGAUUAUAAUACUUUAAUGACUAUUGCUACCGCACGUCGUUUGUAUAAAACUGCAUCAGAUCACAAGUUGACGAUUGAUCAAGUAGUUGAAUUGAACCGUCGAUUUUUAUUAGGAUAUAAAUAUUUUGAAAAGGAUCCAAGAUUAAUUGAUUUAGUUCAACGUAUUAAAGCAUACAACAAUACCUUAAAAUAUUUUAAACUUCGCGAUUAUCAAGUAGCAAGUGCUGACUAUACUACUUUUUCUGCUGCACCUACUUUAUUACUUCGCAUAAUUCAAUUUGCCUUUUUGGCUAUUUUUGGUUUUCCAUCACUUUUGAUUAAUUCACCUAUUAUCAUUAUUGCCUUUGUGAUUAGUCAGAAAAAACAAGAAGAGGCAUUGGCAGGCUCCUUUGUUAAAAUUGCAGGUCGUGAUGUACUCGCAACUUGGAAAAUAUUGGUUACAUUAGUUGGUAUACCAAUACUUUACGGUUUUUAUUCAUUUUUAUUAUUUGUUUAUCUUUGGUUUAAUGGCUAUAAACAUCCUUUCAGUCUCUCACUUCUCGUCUGGGUGGCCUUACCUUUUAUUCAGUAUAUAUGUGUCUUGGUACUCGAACGUAGUAUUGACAUUUACAUGUCAUUAAAUCCCCUCUUCAUGUCUUUGUUUAAUCCCCUCGGCUUUGCAGAACUAUGUUCAACGCGAGAAUUAUUAUCAGAAAAUAUCACUAAAUUUGUAGAUGAAAAUGGCUCUAUUGCUUUAAGUGAUUUCGAUAAUACUAAAUUUGAUAAAUUAGAAUUACAUGAAAGAGUCAAAUCAAAACAGUCGUCGAAAGAGGAUGAAAUAAAGCCUUCUACUAUUCAAAAAUGGCUUGAUGAUAGACACUUUUUCAAUUUCAGUAAUGUCAGUAGUAGUGAUUUAUCUGAUGACGAAUUUUCUUAAAAUCUAAUUACAAAUGCAUCUAUCCCUUUAUCUUCUUCUAUAAAUAAAAUAAGGUCAUUUUUUACUUUUUUU